AUAUAGACAAGAUUAUCAAUAUCUUUGGAGUCAUUUGGUGAUAAAAGUGUAUUUUCUUGGUAGAUAAUAUGUGUUUUUUUGUUUUUUAAACCAAAAUAAUGACGUAUGUUAUUUGAGCUAUCAGCUAUGCAAUACUAUCACGAAAAAAAUAAAAUGACUAACAAAUACGUAGUAUAAAAAUUUGAUUUUGGAGGUUAACUAUUUUGAUUUGGCAACCCUUUGAAAUACUACUAGUAUACAAGUACUCUAUACUCAGUAAUUCAAACUUUUCCAGAAAUUGUACUCAAUCAACCCGACCAACUAGUGAUUAUGAGGUAUAUAAAGCCACUGACCUUGUUUCAAGAUUUAGCAAAGACGACGAAUGCACUCGAAAGAGGUCGAUUAUUGGGAUUGGAUGUUGGUGAUAAGUAUGUUGGACUUGCUGUUUCAGACCCAGAUAACAAAAUUGCUAAACCUUUAAGUGUUUUACUCAGAAAGAAGUUCAAUAUUGAAAUGAUGGCUGCCGAUUUCACAAGUUUGAUUUCGGAGUUUUCUCUAUCAGGCUUUGUUGUUGGUUUCCCUUUUGAUAGACAGCGGCCGAGUCCAGAUGGUGCACAAGUGAAAAUAUUCGUAGAUGAUCUGUGCAAAACUGGUAAACUAGAAGGUGUGAAAUAUACAUAUUGGAUUGAGUCUUAUACAUCAAAGAAUGUCGACUUAUUAAUGCAGCCAUUAACAUUACAUCCAGUGGAACUGAAAACUAUGCUCGACAAAUUUGCCGCUGUAGGAAUUUUGCAGGGGUACCUGGACUAUGUCAACCGGUGUGGACUGAGACCUGAUGUAGAAGAUCACUCUGCUAUUGUAUGCUGAUAUGCUCUCAAACUGCUCUACAUUUGCAUUGAGAUGUGUGAUGUGUUUCAUGUUUAGCUCUUGGACUUCUCACUGCAUUGUGUUUAAAUUCUGUGAACAUCUUUACUCCAAUGAUCUUAAGCCUAACAUUGCUAUGCUACAAAUGGCCAUUUUCUGUGCAGCAAUUCAAUCUAUAAUGUUAAUUGCUUUCUUUUUUCUUGUCAA